AUGAAUCGUCCUCAGCCUUUCUUGGAUCCUUCACAGGACGCCAGCACGACGCCUGCGCCCGAUCCUGAGAAAAAUGGCAUCCCUGUCUCCAACGAGAACCACUCCCAGGAGGGUCUGGAUGAGACUCCCGGGGAAAAGUCAACUGGAGUCAACAAGGCCGAGGCGGCGGCGCUGGUCUGGAGUAAACAGGCUCUAUAUGCCAUGUACGCCUGGAUCUGGGUGUGCUUUUUCAUGCUGGCUUUCCACUCCUCAAUCGGUCUCAACGUGCUCGUCCACGCGUACGCCAAUUUCCAAACCGCCCCCGAGAUCUCCACCGCCGCUAUCCUGGCCACCGUCGUCGGCGGCGUCAUGAAGCUUCCCAUUGCCAAGGUGCUUAACAUCUGGGGCCGUGCCGAGGGCAUGCUCAUCUUCACGGGUCUGUUCCUGCUGGGAAUCAUCAUCCUGGCGUCCUGCACUGGUCCGAGUGGCUUUGCUGCGGGAUACGUGCUGUACUGGGUUGGGUAUAAUGCGAUCUACCUGAUCCUUGACGUCUUUCUGGCUGAUACGUCGGGUCUUCGGAAUCGGGCGUUUGCGUUUGGAUUCUCGAAUACGCCCUUCAUAUGCACGGCGUUUACGGGCCCAUUGGCUGCGCAGUCGUUCUUGAAUAUGUCGACGUGGCGCUGGGCGUAUGGUGCUUUUGCGAUUAUCUUCCCUGUAGUGCUAGUGCCGCUUGCUGUUGCUUUCAAGUUCUAUGAGCGCAAAGCCAAGAAGAUGGGCUUGUACGUGCCCGAACAGAGCAACCGGACCUGGACGCAGUCGAUCAUGCACUACAUUCACGAGUUUGAUGUCAUCGGCGCCUUCCUCCUCAUGGCGACAUUCAUCCUGCUCCUCCUCCCCUUCAGCCUGGCGACCUACGGCCGCGCGCAGUACAAAUCCGCCACCUUCAUCGCGAUGCUAGUCGUCGGAUUCUGCCUCUUCUUCGUGUUCAUCGCCUGGGAGCGCUUUUUCGCCCGCAAGCAAUUCAUCCGCUACGAUCUGCUCAAGCAGCGCACUGUCCUCGGCGCCUGCCUCCUCUCCGCCAUCCUCAACCUCGGCUACGCCACCUGGGACCUCUACUUCCUCAACUUCUGCAUGGUGGUGUACGACCUCAGCGUCUCGAACGGCGGCUACAUGAACCAGAUCUAUAACAUCGGGUCCUGCUUCUGGGCCCCCCUCUUCGGUAUAUACAUUCGGCAGACUCGCCACUUCAAGAACGCGUGUCUCUACUUCGGACUGCCGCUGAUGAUCCUGGGCUCGGGCCUGAUGAUCCAUUUCCGCGGUGAGCACGAUAAUAUCGGGUAUAUCGUGAUGUGUCAGAUUUUCAUCGCCUUUGCGGGUGGCACCCUGGUCAUUGGGCAGGAUAUGGCCGUUAUGGCUGCAGCGGACCAUGAGGGCGUGCCGAUGAUGCUGUCGAUUCUGGGUCUGUUUGCGAGUUUGGGUGGUGCUGGAGGUAAUGCCGUUGCGUCGGCAGUCUAUACCAAUGUGUUCCCGAAUAAGUUGGUCGAGGGGCUGCCGGCUUCGGCGCAGUCGGAUUGGGUCGAUAUCUAUAUGGGUGGAUAUCUGUCUCAGAUGACGUAUCCGAUGGGAUCGGAGAUCAGAACCGCGAUCAAUAAUGCCUGGGGAGAUAGCCAGAAGUAUAGCUGCAUUGCUACGACGGCGGUUCUGGCUCUGGGUUUCCCGUGCAUUCUGGUCUGGAAGAAUCUGAGUGUGGAUAAGAAUCAGAAUAAGGGUGUGAUGCUGUAG